AUGCAGAAUGUUUUAGGGAGGAUAGCGGCCACAUUGGUUAUUUUAUGUCCAGUAAUUGUCUUUUCAAUACCGGAGUCUGCUAUUCAAGCGUCAUCAAUCAAAUCCAGUCAAACUGAACAAGAUAACUCGGACUACACGAGGUCUUUCGACGAAGACCAAGAGGAGAAACGGGCAUGGCGAGAUUUGCAGACGGCUGGCUGGGGCAAACGUGGUUGGCAAAACUUAAAGACCACGUGGGGCAAACGGGCACAGGACUGGCAGAAUUUGCACUCGUCGUGGGGCAAGAGGCAGGGCUGGCAAAAGUUGCACGGCGGAUGGGGAAAGCGCGGAUGGAAGGACAUGCAGUCAGGGGGUUGGGGAAAGAGGUUUAAGGAUCAGCCCGCCACCAGUGGUCAAUUGUCUCAGUUUGACGAGUAUCUAGACAAAUACGAAGAAGAAAACCCUAAUGAAGCAGAAAAACGAUCAUGGGACAAUUUCCAGGGAUCUUGGGGCAAAAGAGCAGCUGAUUGGACAAGCUUUAGAGGUUCGUGGGGGAAAAGAAAUCCCGUGGACUACAUGAACGAGUACUCAGGAUAUGGAGACAACGAUAAUUACAAAGCUUAUAUUUUUCCGCCAGGUUACAAUAGUUAUUUACCCAACUUCCAAACGGAAUACGAAAAAUGA